AUGGGUUUAGGGUUUAGAGCUCCACCCACACAUUUUGACACUGCUUCUCUCAAUAGGAGCAGUUUUCCAGAAGGGUUCGUAUUUGGUGCAGAUUCUGGAUCUUACCAAUAUGAAGGUGCUGCAAAAGAAGGUGGUAGAGGACCAAGCAUUUGGGAUACCUUCACCCACAAAUAUCCAGAAAAGAUUAACGAUAGCAGCAAUGGAGAUAUCACUGUUGAUCAAUAUCACCGAUAUAAGGAAGAUGUGGGGAUUAUGAAGAAUAUGGGGUGGGAUGCUUAUCAAUUCUCUAUCUCAUGGUCAAGAUUGUUACCAAAUGGAAAAUUAAGUGGAGGAGUAAACAAGGAAGGAAUCAAAUAUUACAACAAUCUCAUCAAUGAGCUCUUACGCAAUGGUAUAACGCCAUUUGUGACUCUCUUCCAUUGGAAUUUUCUCCAAACUUUGGAAGACGAAUAUGGUGGUUUCUUAAGCCCUUAUAUUGUCAAUCAUUUUCAAGAUUACGCAGAACUUUGUUAUAAGGAAUUUGGUGAUCGAGUAAAGCAUUGGAGCACACUGAAUGAGCCGUAUACCUUCAGUAACUAUGGUUAUGCAACUGGGUUGGCUGAGCCAUUGACAAGUGGUGACUAUCCGCAAAGCAUGCGAUCUCUUGUCGGAAACCUAUUACCAAAAUUCACGAAAGAACAAGCCAAGUUGCUUAUUGGUUCAUUUGAUUUUCUUGGACUAAAUUACUAUGCUGGUUACUAUGCAAGCGAUGCACCUCAAAAUAACUCUAUAUACGCAAGCUACACAACAGAUGCCGGCGUUAAUCUUUCAUCUAAGCGUGAUGGAGUCCCCAUCAGUUCAAAGGGUGCUUUGGAAAGGUUAAAUGUUUAUCCACGAGGAAUUCAAGAUCUUUUACUCUACACAAAGAAAAAGUAUCACAAUCCAAUCAUUUACAUUACUUAA